GUGUGCUCACACUGCUGGCAAAACGGUGCAACAGCCCCUUUCUCGAACGUGGCCUAAAUAUCGGUGUGAUAAAAUUAAAUAGUUCGUUUUGCUGACCGAUUUUCACUCACCGUUCACAAUCAUGUCUCCGUACGGUUGCGUUUGCUGUGGUUGUUUUUCGUGUUAAAAAAGGUGGUGGCAAAAAGUUUUUCUUGCGGCAUGGCACCAACGAUGCAGAUGCGUGGCGUACGCUCUAGGCAGCAACAGUGGUAUUGGACUAUGAAGCCUUCCGCUAGCAGACCGGAUCGACUAACCGCACCAAUAUCCAACCGCUUCCGAAGAACGUCCGCAUCAGUAGUGGCUGCAGAGCGUACAGUGGCGGCCACAGCCGUACUAGCGCACGGGACGCGACAUCCGGUCGCGCUGGACCAGAACCAACCGCGACGACAUUAUCUACCUCUGCUGGAACGGCAUCGGCGGCGACAUUUGCCGUUUCGUUUAGCAAAGUUAAAACUCUAGCCCUGGAAGGACCUCCCCGGGCCAGGAAGCGACUUGGACGAGAUCAUAAGUGUGUGUGUUUGUGUGCUGUGUGUAGUGUGCCGGGAGUGUUAGUAUAACGACAAGUGAAGGUAUUACAGAAUGCAGUGACUAGAGAAAGUGACAUUACCCCUCUACAAAACAACAAAACCCUCCCCAAACCACCAUUUCCCGCUAGGCCACCCCGUAAGGACACGUGUAUUGUUUUGUUUUGUGAUGGUCAGUUUGCGUACGGUUAGAAAUCAUGAAGAUGAAUUAAUUUGCGAAAGUGUGCCAAGCUCAAUCAAUCACCAACGGUAACGGUUACGCCAAAGCUACAUAGGAUCACGCGCGCAGCUAGUGUGCUCAGGCUAGUCAACACAUGCACACAUACACCAAGGGUGUGAUAGUAGUGGCCAACAUCGAAAAGAAGAAGCAGAACAACGUGUGUCGCAAAAAUUGUGCUUUCUUCAACCUUCAGCCGCGUGCCCCACGAUCGACCCCAUCGAUCGUGUUUACAAAACAAACCCAGAACCGGAAAGUGGAACGGUUGGGCUUGAUAGCGGGCGGCGCCAAGGGUGAGAACAGAUUUGCCCAAGGAUUCUAAACGAUGGAGGCACAACACGAGACGCCUGCUGCGAUGCCUAGCGUGUGGGUCUUCGGAUACGGUUCCCUCUGUUGGUAUCCGGGCUUUGAAUACUCCGAAUGCAUUACCGGGUACAUACGUGGGUACGUGCGCCGGUUCUGGCAGGGCAAUGUGACACACCGUGGGACGGUAGAGAAGCCGGGUCGCGUGGCCACUUUAAUCGAGGACAAAGAGGGUAUUACAUGGGGCUGUGCAUUUAGGGUGACCGGCGGCCACGCAUUGGACUAUCUGCGGCAGCGCGAGUGCACGCUGGGCGGGUACGUGACGGAGUACAUCAAGUUCUAUCCCCGGUUGGCCAGCGAACAGUCCGGCAUCAGCGGUGAAGCAUUUCCGGCGCUCGUGUACAUCGCAACGCCCAAGAACGAACACUGGAUUGGCGAGGAACCGUUGCUGGUGACGGCACGCCAAAUUGUCGAGUGCCGCGGUCCGAGCGGACACAAUGUCGAGUACCUGGUGCGUUUGGCUAUGUUCAUGCGGGAUGAAUUGCCGGGCGCGUCCGAUGAGCAUUUGUUCGAGCUCGAAGGGCUCGUGCGCCGGUUCGUGGCGGAAGCAAACGUGAACCUCGAAUUGCUGCUGAUCGGAAGCGUUACACCCCAUCGGAUACGGCGUGAUACGCAUGAGGAGGUGCGGCGCCACGUCACCUUCGAGUUUGCCUCCCGUGUUCCCGAUACCAAGCUUCGCUGUUUGCACAUUUAAGUGUUCCAGGGGGAAAAAAAAGAGAGAGAGCAGACCAACGAUGCGCACACUUAUGAACGCCAUUUAACAUUUCGCUUUACAUGAUUGUUUUUUCUUCGCUAAAUAUCCCUACGCACAGUAAAGAAGCACGAUACGUGCGGAUGUGCAUGUUCCCUUCUAAAGAUAUGCUUACCUUUAAGACUACUGAACGCUGCUAUAGUUGACUAUAAAAUUGUUUUAAUAAAUAAUAAUAUAACAUGAAAUUAUA